GCCGCUCCACCGACCCGGCCAGUCGGUCUCGGCCGCAGCAGCCCACGGACCGUCUCGUCGCCCCCGACCAGCCCCGGACAUGACCCGACUCGCCCCGCUGCUGCCGCCGCUGAUGACGGUGGCGGCCGUCUUGGUGGCGGUGACGGCGGCGGCCGGCAGCGGUGACGCCGCCCUCGACGGACGCCUGUUCAACCUGGUGCCGCGGCCGCGCCUGCAGGAGCUGACCCUCGCCGACCUGGAUGCCACCCUGGACGUGCUGACCGACCUGCUGGAGGAGAGGACGCUGCCCUCCGGCGGCAAGGGCUUCGUCUCUCGGAUGGCGGCGCCGACGCUGUACUCGGACAGUGCUCUCUGUCAGAGACACACUCAGAUCUACUGGGAGCAGUUCUCGACCGGAGCGCCGACCGGGUGGCCGCAGCUCAUGUUUGAUGCCAGCGGCAAGCUCCCAGACGGCAUUUUGGUGGGUAACCUGAACGUGUUCGGCAGCCGAGACGAGUGUUUUCUGGUGAAGGCGAGCCUGGACAACGACACGUACCCAGAUCUGGACGACCAGGAGCUCGAGUUCACCGGUCGGUAUGUGCCAGUGACGGUGGCACCGGCCCCUGUGUCGUCGGUUGGUGACGAGGAGGUCGGCGGAUGGCGGCAGGAAGGGGAUGACGGUGUCGGUGCCAUCUUCAUCCUUCCAACAUUGGGAAUUCCUACCGGCACUGUCGGACUGUGUGUGCCGUCCAGCUGCUCCAGCGCCGAUGUGCAGACGGGUCUCCAGAGCAUGCUGGGGGACAACGUCACGGUGGUGGCCUACACGUCCGAGGUGGCCGACCAGACGGUGGACCUGCAGCCGGCCGACAUCGUGGUCAUCACGCUGCUGGCGCUGGUCGGCGUCCUGCUGCUGGUCGGCACGGCGCUGGACGUGUGGCUCGGAUACCGGGCCGAGCGGCAGGCCGACAAGCUCAGGAUGACGUCCGUCGUGGACAGUCCCAACUCGCGGCUGCCACAGAUGCUCCAUGUCGUCGAGCCCAAGCCAGCCACGAUGCAACAGAGAAAGCCGUCCGCCCUGGCCACCUGGCAAAGAGUCCUGGUCUCAUUUUCCCUUUACACCAACACCAAGAAGUUGUUGGAUACAUCUACAAGCAAAGGAACGCUCAGGUGCAUCCACGGUAUUCGCUUUUUCUCCAUGACAUGGGUGCUAAUAGGACACGCUACGUUUCAGGUGCUUGUUUACGAUCAGAAUAUCUUCGUCGCCCUGGAUUGGCUCAAGACCCCUGCUUUUCAAAUGGUCGAUAAUGCAACACCAAGUGUAGACACAUUCUACCUUUUGUCUGGAGUUGUGCUGGCCUAUAGCUUCUGUGGAGCCUACGAGAAAAGAAGAAAGUUUAACAUCUUCAUGUUUUACCUUCACCGAUAUUUGCGUCUCACACCACCGAUGGCAAUCAUGGUCGCCAUUAGUGCCACCAUAUUUGUGUACUUCGGAAACGGUCCCAUUUGGGCAAGGUCAGCGGAGCCGCAGCAGGACUUUUGUCAAGCAAACUGGUGGCGUAAUCUGCUCUAUAUCCAGAACUUCAGCCCGCUUGCAGAAGAGUGCUUGGGUCAGACAUGGUACCUGGCCACAGACAUGCAAAUGUUCUUGUUUUCCCCAGUAGUGCUGCUUCCUCUUGUGUGGAAGCCUCUGUGGGGCACACUAUGGCUGGGCUUCCUCACUGUCGCGUUCACGGCCCUCCGAAUAGUCAUGUGGAGCGUCAAGGAACUGCCACCAACUCUUCUCCUGCUCAAUGCUCCCGAUCCUGAGGCAGCUGAUGAGUUGAUGGUUCAGUACGCCUAUCCGUGGAUGCGCUGCACAGUCUGGCUGACUGGGAUCGGUCUCGGCUACCUACUCCACAGGCUGCGCGGCCGCCAGAUCACCCUGAAGCCGUGGCUCUGGCUGUCCGGCUGGGUCGCAGCCUUUGCCAUCGGUAUCUCGGUGAUAUUCGGCAUGACUGGUUAUCAGAUGCCCUGGCAAGAGUUCAGCAAAGCUGUGGCCGUGUCCUAUGGAGGACUCAACCGCACCGCGUGGGGCGUGGCAGUCGGCUGGGUCAUCUUUGCCUGCGUCACCGGCUACGGCGGGCCCAUCAACACGUUCCUCUCCUACCCGGGCUUCAUUCCGCUCAGCCGGCUGACGUACGCUGGAUAUCUUAUCCACAUCAGCGUCCUUCUGCUUGUGGAGGGGUCUGUGAAGAGCACCGUUUACCUCGACUCGUACCGUUAUACGUACCGCCUCCUUGCCCACGUUAUUGUCACUUUCGCUGCAGCCAUGCUCCUCUCAUUGACGUUUGAGGUUCCGUUCAUCAACCUCGAGAAAAUCAUGUUUGAUCCGAAGAAGCCAGCUGUGAGCCUGGGUGGCCCGGCCGUUGCGGCCUCCGAGCCAAAGGUGAACGGCAGUGAAGUGGAGGGGACUGGCCUGGAAACUGACAAGGAGGCAGGUUCGUCUGUUAAGGAAUAACAUUCAUUUGAAGCUAUCUACAUAAAACAGUCAAAUGCAAAACGGUUCGUAUAUGUUUUGAAUUACAAAUUUCAGCGGUAUCUGAUGCAUUGUACAUAUUUUUUUUUUAAACAAUGGCUUAAGACACAUGGAUAACAUACGCUGUUCAUUAUGAGAUAGUUGCAUAAUAGACUGUAGAGUUGCCUCAUUUUUGUCUAAUAACCUCAAUUGCCAAUCUGUUGAAAGCAUAAUGAAAAUUUAUAUCAGUUUAGUUCUUUGAAUCAUGUGUGUGCAUAGCUAAGAAUACAUAAAUGUAGACAUGCAAUAAGGUAGGUACUGGUAGUUAUGGAUUGUGCUGGCUCACGUCCAAUUUUCUGGAUUCUAUUUAAUUUUGGUGAUAAAUGCAAGCGUCCCAUCCGUAUUGGUCGGUUUUAUGGAAAAUAUAUGUACAAUUGCUGAUUUUUGUGAUGUCAUUGAAUUUUAUAACUAUAGAAAUUAGGGUAACGAAUAUGUUGUGUGUGAGAAGGUAAAUAUCGUUAUCCAGAUUCUCUUGUGUCUUGGAAUUAUAUAUACCUAUGUGCCCUACGUAUUUUUUGUUUGUUUUUGUUUAUGCUUCGUGUGCGUUCUAGUUGCUGAAAGAUAGAAUAUGUGCCGAAUUCGGUAUGUAAUAAAUGGUAAAAAAUA